AACCAAUCACGAGUAACCUGGUCGUCGAAACGCCAGAGUUUUGAGUCCUUUAUCACAAAAUUCCCUGUGUGUAGAAUCAACUAAAGAACGGAGUGUUAAACUAAAAAUGAGUUUUAAGUAUUUUUCGCUUCAUGUAAACCUCGCGGGGGAAAGACACAUAAUGGUUAAUGGUAUUAACAACAAUUGAACAACUUGAAGUACAGUUGAACAAAGAAGCAAUACAAGUAUGGCUACCCGAGAGAUCCGACUGUACAGAGGAACCGUGGGCAAUGUUAAGCAGGAGCAGGACGAUGACUCUGAUGCGGAGGAAUCGCAUUUUGGAUUAAAGAAAUCUGAUGGCCGCGAAUCACAGAUCAUCCACAGUGGUCAUUUUAUGGUGUCUACUCCUCAUAUUGAACAUCCACCAAAGAAAGGUUACGACUUCGACACUGUUAAUAAACAAACUUGUCAGACGUACCAUUUUGGGAAGACGAGUACAUCGCAUCUCUCGAUCGACGCGUCCCUAACAAAACUGUUUGAAUGUAUGACUCUUGCAUACAGUGGGAGGCUUGUGUCCCCAAAAUGGAAGAACUUCAAGGGUCUCAAGCUUCUUUGGAGGGACAAAAUACGCCUCAACAAUGCCAUCUGGAGAGCCUGGUACAUACAAUAUGUGGAGAAGAGAGAGAACCCUGUCUGCCAUUUUGUUACACCUUUAGACGGGACCAUGGACUCCGGAGUACACCGGCCAGCAGAGGCAAUAGCUACUGAAGGAAAGUACUGGAAGAGACGAAUCGAGAUUGUUCUCAGAGAGUACCAUAAAUGGAGAACAUACUUCAAGAAAAGGUUACAGAAGCACAAAGAUGAUGACCUUUCCAGCCUUCUCAAGGGGGCAGAGGAGCAGUUCUCGCUAUUCGGGGAAGUGCAUCCCGACAUCGUCCGUCUCCCCUUCUGCCAGGACGAGGAGGUGGGGUUUGGCAUGCGCCGUGCCUCUCGGAAGAGCCGUGACUCUCCCAUUCCCAUGGAGAUGGACUUCCUCUUCGACAUGGACGUGCUUAUGUCUGAAUUCUCUGACACGCUCUUCUCCACGUUGGCCUCUCACCAGCCCCUGGCUUGGCCUAACCCCAGGGAGAUUGCACAUGCAGGUAAUGCAGACAUGAUCCAGCCAGGCCUGAUACCACUGCAGCCCAACCUCGACUUCAUGGACACGUUUGAGCCUCUGCAAGAUCUAUUUCACCCCCUGCGUCAGCCAGUAUACCCCUCCACCUCCCCCACAGCCCCAUCCACCACUCCCUUACCCAGUAGCAGCACUACAACGCAGACUACGCUGCUGUCGUCCAUGUCACUCCCCCCAGAACUGAGCUCCAUCCCAUUGUCUCCACUCUCCAGCUCUCCCUCCAUGUCCAAUCAAGGCAGCAUCGACUCUGUCAGCUCCUACCAGCAGAGCUACUUGCCUCUUUUCUCAGGACAGUUGUCGCCCCCCGUCUUGGCUCCGUCAGCCCCCCUGGCACCGGGGUCCCCUCACCUGCACUGUCAGCCCAUCACCACCCUCCCCCAGCCUGUCCUCGCUGGGCCUGCUCCCACCGUGGUCACGCAUGCCGCCCCUUCCCCAGUGACCCCCAGUGCGGCCGCCACCAGCGCCAGCCAGUCGAACUUUGCCCUUUCUCCGGCGCCCUCCUGUCAUGAUGCUCCUGUGGUGGGGCAGGUGCCCCCAGCCUGUGCCACAUUACCACCACAGCCUCAGAGCUUCGCCCAGCCCCGACCCAUCCAGCCGUCAAGCUCUAAGAAGACCCGACGACCCAUUGUCCCUGCCAACUCGGUUCCAUCACCUCGCUUCAUACUGGCAGCUCCCUUUCCUGUUCUCGUCACUCAAUCUGACGUUGUCCCGACUACCAGCGUGGUCAUCACUUCUCAUACCACCUCUACAAAUGUUCUUUUAGGACAACUAUUACAGAAACAGAAAUUUCCCCAGAUCAUUGUUCCCAAGGAGGAAACGGCCCCAUCUGCAUCCAAUAACAAGAGCCCAGCUCCAUCGCCCUGCUCAGCACGAGAUGGGCGAAACUCAGGUCAAGGGUCACCUUUAGGGGCAGAGCAGGUGCCUAGCCCUCAAUCUCCGCUUAGCAGCACCACGGGUCUGGCCAAAAAUGAGGCCAACCAGAGUCGGCGUGUGAACCACAUAUCAGCUGAGCAGAAAAGACGAUUCAACAUCAACGUGGGCUUCAAGACGCUCUGCAGCCUAGUUCCUACUCUCAAAUCACAGUCAAACAUCAGUAACGCUGUAACCCUUCAGAAGACAGUGGAGUACAUUGGAAAGCUGCAGCAGGAGAGACAACAGAUGCAGGAGGAAACAAGGCGGCUGCGUGAAGAAAUUGAGGAACUCAACGCAUCCAUAAAUUCAUGCCAGGAACAGCUGCCACCAACAGGUGUACCCAUUACACGCCAUCGCUUCGAUCAUAUGAAGGAGAAAUAUGAUGAAUAUGUGAAAAACCGAACUCUGCAAAACUGGAAGUUCUGGAUUUUUAGCAUCAUCAUUAAGCCUCUGUUUGAGUCCUUCAACGGGACCGUGUCAACCAGCAGCAAGAGUGAGCUGCGUGAGAGCACCAUGCAGUGGCUGGACCGCGACUGUGCCUUGCCUGUCCUCAGACCCAUGGUUUUACGGACGCUACGGCAGCUAAGCACCACGACUUCCAUCUUGACUGAUCCUGCACUUCUUCCGGAAGAAUCCAGGCAGGCCGUUAUUAGUUCCAAACUGCACUCUGCCGAGUCCUAGCCCUCGAUGUAACGCGGGACAGCUCUCUCAGGCCUAGUAGUUAUGGGGACGUUCUCAGGAGGCUGGGGAUGAACAUGGCAAUAACUUCACGUGCCUUGCUUAGGGGCUUUACUUGAACGUACUCCACAGUUAGCUUUUGAUUUUUAAGAUCUUAAGGGAAGUACUCUCCUUUGCUGCAUUCAGUGCUUUUAUUGCAAACCAUAUUUUUGGUUUAAACAGUGUUAACAGAACUGCAGUGGAUGUCAAGAAUUAUCUGGGGCUACCUGGAAUUUCUUUUAACGGGACAGUCAGUAUGUUUGGGAUGCUCAAGAUAUAGCUCAAAAGCUACAUGGAAGCAGCUGCCAGUUUGGACAUAAAUGCAUGUGAUUUUCAAAGUACAGACCAAAGGCAAAGGUUUUGUUUCUCACCCUAAAAGAUACAGUUGCACUUCAGCUCCAUAGCCCCCCCUCCCAACACACACACACUUUUUUGUUGUGUUUUCUAACUCCUCUCCUCUACAGCCUGAUGAACAAGCACUGUUUUUCAAUCUCCUGGACUGACGCUCCUCGGUCUUCCACCUUUUUGAUGCAUUUCCUGAGGUGCCGUUGUGUCAGAAGGCCACAGGUGUUGAAGAUUGAUUUUGUCUUUGCGCUGAAUGCAGUCCUUAUGUACAGCAGGGUAUCGGCAGUUUUACCAUCCACAACAGUUGCAAAUGAAUAUCCAAAAAAAAGUGCCUCACAGCAGGGGGGAAAGACAUGACUCGUAUGUGUGGCAUUCAAUUGGAUUUGAUCCUCAAGUGUUUCUUUCUAGCUGAACUGAUGAAAUGCUUGACUCAGCACUCUGGAAGAAUGCAUAUUAGAGAUGUUGAAGUCUAGUUUUUGAACUAUGUUAUUUCCAUUUGCAUGUGCUUUUCAACGGAAAGAUGUAUGAAAAAUAAAAACCGCAUAUUCAUCGUU